AAAAAAUGUCUGGGAUGGAGCAUCAAGGGCCAUGUGCAGGUCCAAUUUCUCACCAGAAAAGAAGAUGGAUGUCAAGUUCACAGAUGAUUAUGGAAUAUCAGAGGGUGCCGUUGACAAUGGUGGGCCCACCCGAGAGUUUUUCCGGUUGUGCCUAUAUGAAAUCAAGGAUAAAAUUGGCAUCUUUGAAGGCCCACCCAGUGCCAAAGUCCUCACAUGCAACUGUAAAGCAAUGAAAGAAAAUAGAUACUUCCAUGCUGGCCAAAUCAUGGCAAUGUCAAUUGGCCAUGGGGGACAGAGUCCAUGUUUCCUGUCUGAUGUCUUAUAUGAGUGUCUUCAAAAAGACCCAGACAGUGUGGCUGUAACCACUGAAUGUAUUACUGAUGUGGAAACAAGGUCCCAGGUGCAGUCGAUCUUAGAGGCUCAAACACAAUCAGAGUUGCAAAAUGCAGUGUGUCAGGCAGCCAGUUUAAUCAGUCUUGCUGGUCAUAAUGUCCGUAUAACACUUGACAACAAACAAGAGACUGCCUUGGACUUGGCUCAGUGGUAUGUCCUCCAACGGACCCAUGCAUCCUUUGAAAGGUAUGACUAUGAUGGAAAACAUGCAUUUGUGGACUGA